AUGGAUGGAGACCUGUCCCGAGUCCAAUGCCUCUUGUCUGAGGGCCUGGCAAACAUCAACGCUACAGGGCUACACAGGAGGACAUCAUUGAUGUUUGCAGCAGAGAAAGCACACAAAGAUGUGUUCGACUUACUUGUGAGGGAAGGCGCUGAUCUGCUCCCCGUGGAUGAUGACGACAACACGAUUCUUCCCCUGGCCUGUGAAGGAGGAAACAUAGAUAUAGUGCAGUAUCUCCUCACACAGAACGUGACGGACAUCAACAGUGCAAACCAAGACAAGCAAACGCCAGCAAUGAAAGCAGCAUUCAAGGGACACGAGGACAUGUUUGGCCUACUUGUGAGGAAAGGGGCUGAUCUGUCACUUACGGAUUUAAACUGUUCCAGCAUAUUACACCUAGCCUGCACAGGAGGAAAUAUCGAGAUAGUUAACUAUCUCCUAACAGAGGCACUUGUGGACAUAAACAGUACAGACGAAAACAACUACACACCAGCAAUAAUUGCAGCCACCGCUGGACAUAGAAACGUCUUUGACUUACUCGUGGUGAAAGGAGCUGACCUGACCAUAUUGGAUGCUGACGAUAACAGUGUUCUUCACGCCGCCAGUCGAGGAGGCAAUAUCGAAAUAGUAAGGAAUGUUCUCACGCUGAAUAUUGUGAACAUAAACGCCAGAGACAUUGGAGGAAUGACACCAGUGUUAGUGGCAGCAUUAAAUGGACAUGAUGAAGUGUUUGACCUGCUUGUUGAGAAAGAAGCUGAUCUGUUAAUUGUGGCCAAUGACGGUGACACCAUCCUUCAUGAGGCUUGUAGAGGAGGAAAUGUCCAAAUAGUGAAGUACGUUCUCAAUCAGAACAUUGUGGAUGUCAACAGUAAAGGAUACAAUAGAUUGACACCAGCAAUGAAAGCAGCCGUUGGGGGACACAAGGCUGUGUUCUAUUUACUUCUGGAGAAAAGACCUGAUCUGUCCCCAACUGAUGACCAUGAUAACAACCUUCUCCACAUGGCAUGCGAAGGGGGAAAUGUGGAGUUAGUUAAGUAUGUCCUCGCGCUGAACAGUGUGGAUAUUAACAGCAGAACAGAGGAUGGGAGAACGCCAGCAAUGAUAGCAGCCUCCAUGGGACACAAAGACAUGUUAAAGCUGCUUGUGAAUGAAGGAGCUGAUCUGUCCCUCGUUAAUAGUCAUGGUAAAGACGUUCUUCAUAUUUCCUUAUCGUGUGAAAAUAUGGAGGUAGUGAAAUAUAUCCUAACACAAGACGUUGUCAACAUCAACGGUGCAGACAAGUAUGGAAUGACACCAGUGUUACUGGCAGCAGCAAAUGGAUGCAUAGACAUGUUUGAUUUAGUGGUUAGUAAAGGAGCUGAUCUUUCAAGAAGAUAUGUUGCAGGUAAAAGCAUUCUUCAGUGUGCCUGUUCAGGAGGAAAUGUGGACAUAGUGGAGUAUGUCCUGGCACAGGACAACAUGUUACAGGACAUCAACAGAAUAGGUUUGGACGGCUGGACACCAGUGAUGUUUGCAGCAUUCCAGGGUAACAAAGAAGUGUUCGAUUUACUUGUGAAGAAAGGUGCUGAUCUGGCACAAAUAAAUAACGAUGGCAACACUAUUCUUCAUCUGGCUUGUACGAAAAAUUGGAAGAUAGUCAAAUUCCUCCUUUCUCGCAACAUUGUGGACAUCAACAGAAGAGGAAGAAAUGCAAAAGAAAAGAAGCCGCACCUCCUGACACGGGCUAACAGCCAACUUAUCAGUGCCAGUAUGGAUGGAGACCUGUCCCGAGUCCAAUGCCUCUUGUCUGUGGGCCUGGCAAACAUCAACGCUAUAGAGCUAAACAUGAAGACAUCAUUGAUGUUUGCAGCAGAGAAAGCACACAAAGAUGUGUUCGACUUACUUGUGAGGGAAGGCGCUGAUCUGCUCCCCGUGGAUGAUGACGACAACUCGAUUCUUCUCCUGGCCUGUGAAGGAGGAAACAUAGAUAUAGUGCAGUAUGUCCUCACACAGAACGUGACGGACAUCAACAGUGCAAACCAAGACAAGCAAACGCCAGCAAUGAAAGCAGCAUUCAAGGGACACGAGGACAUGUUUGGCCUACUUGUGAGGAAAGGGGCUGAUCUGUCACUUACGGAUUUAAACUGUUCCAGCAUAUUACACCUAGCCUGCACAGGAGGAAAUAUCGAGAUAGUUAACUAUCUCCUAACAGAGGCACUUGUGGACAUAAACAGUACAGACGAAAACAACUACACACCAGCAAUAAUUGCAGCCACCGCUGGACAUAGAAACGUCUUUGACUUACUCGUGGUGAAAGGAGCUGACCUGACCAUAUUGGGUGAUGACGAUAACAGUGUUCUUCACGCCGCCAGUCGAGGAGGCAAUAUCGAAAUAGUAAGGAAUGUUCUCACGCUGAAUAUUGUGAACAUAAACACCAGAGACAUUGGAGGAAUGACACCAGUGUUCUUGGCAGCAUUAAAUGGACAUGAUGAAGUGUUUGACCUGCUUGUUGAGAAAGAAGCUGAUCUGUUAAUUGUGGCCAAUGACGGUGACACCAUCCUUCAUGAGGCUUGUAGAGGAGGAAAUGUCCAAAUAGUGAAGUACGUUCUCAAUCAGAACAUUGUGGAUGUCAACAGUAAAGGAUAUAAUGGAUUGACACCAGCAAUGAAAGCAGCCGUUGGGGGACACAAGGCUGUGUUCUAUUUACUUCUGGAGAAAAGACCUGAUCUGUCCCCAACUAAUGACGAUGGCAACAACCUUCUCCACAUGGCAUGCGAAGGGGGAAAUGUGGAGUUAGUUAAGUAUGUCCUCGCGCUGAACAGUGUGGAUAUUAACAGCAGAACAGAGGAUGGGAGAACGCCAGCAAUGAUAGCAGCCUCCAAGGGACACAAAGACAUGUUGAAGCUGCUAGUGAAUGAAGGAGCUGAUCUGUCCCUCGUUAAUAGUCAUGGUAAAGACGUUCUUCAUAUUUCCUUAUUGUGUGAAAAUAUGGAGAUGGUGAAAUAUAUCCUAACACAAGAGGUUGUCAACAUCAACGGUGCACAAAAGGAUGGAAUGACACCAGUGCUACUGGCAGCAGAGAAUGGAUGCAUAGACAUGUUUGAUUUAGUGGUUAGUAAAGGAGCUGAUCUUUCAAGUAGAUAUGUUGCAGGUAAAAGCAUUCUUCAGUCAGCCUGUUUAGGAGGAAAUGUGGACAUAGUGGAGUAUGUCCUGGCACAGGACAACAUGUUACAGGACAUCAACAGAAUAGGUUGGAACGGCUGGACACCAGUGAUGUUUGCAGUAUUCCAGGGUAACAAAGAAGUGUUCGAUUUACUUGUGAAGAAAGGUGCUGAUCUGGCACAAAUAAAUAACGAUGGCAACACUAUUCUUCAUCUGGCUUGUACGCAAAAUUGGAAGAUAGUCAAAUUCCUCCUUUCUCGCAACAUUGUGGACAUCAACAGAAGAGGAAGAAAUGGUAGGACGCCAUUGAUGAUGACAGCACUUUUGGGUAGUAAGACUGGAUUUGAGUUGCUCACGAGGAAAGGAUCUAACCCAUCACUAGUAGAUAAAGACGGCAACAACAUACUUCAUCUUGCAUGUAUGAGAACACAUGUUGACAUUGUGAAAUACAUCGUUGUAAAUGCGAUUGUAGAUCUAACCCUCAGAAAUAAGAACGGAUUAAAUGCAACAAUGGUAGCAAAGAAAGAAGACAAUGAAGUAGCGUAUAAUUUUUUACUGUCUCAAACCUCUAUUUAG